AUGCUCUCUGUCUGCCACCGUUUUUGCGACCACCUCCUCCUCCUGCUCUUGCUGUCCUCGACGACCCUGGCCCCCGAGCCAGCAUCCUUGGGCCCCGCUGCCGCCCUGCUCCAGGUUCUUGGGCUUCCCGAAGCACCUCGGAGUGUCCCCACGCUCCGACCUGUGCCUCCUGUCAUGUGGCGCCUAUUCCGCCGCCGCGACCCCCAAGAGGCCAGAGUGGGGCGCCCUCUGCGACCAUGCCACGUGGAGGAACUGGGGGUUGCCGGAAACAUCGUGCGCCACAUCGCCGGCAGCGGUCUGUCCUCCAGGCCCGCACAACCCGCGGGGACCUCGGGGGUCUGCCCCGAGUGGACAGUCGUCUUUGACCUGUCAAGCGUGGAGCCCACAGAGCGCCCAACACGCGUGCGCCUAGACGUGCGGCUGGAGGCUGAGCGCGAAGAUGCACGAGGGUGGGAGCUAAGCGUGGCGCUGUGGGCCGAGGCUGAGACUCGUGGGCCUGAGCUGCUGCGUGUGCCGGCGUCACCGGGACUGCCACUGCGCGCAGACCUACUGGGGACUGCAGUAGCCGCGAACGCAUCGGUGCCGUGCACCCUGCGCCUGGCGCUGUCACUGCACCCUGGGGCCACUGCAGCCUGUGGGCGCCUGGCUGAGGCCUCGUUGCUGCUGGUGACGCUGGACCCACGCCUGUGUCCCUUGCCAAGGUCGCGGCGCCACAUGGAGCCCAGGGUGGGAGGUGAUCCAGCGGGCACGUGUCGCACCCGACGGCUGCAUGUGAGCUUCCGUGAGGUGGGUUGGCACCGUUGGGUGAUCGCGCCACGUGGCUUCCUAGCCAACUUCUGCCAGGGCACGUGUACGCUACCCGAAACGCUGAGGGGACCCGGUGGGCCGCCUGCACUCAACCAUGCUGUGCUGCGCGCGCUCAUGCACGCAGCCGCUCCCACCCCGGGUGCAGGCUCGCCCUGCUGCGUGCCAGAGCGCCUGUCGCCCAUCUCUGUGCUUUUCUUCGACAAUAGUGAUAACGUGGUGCUGCGACACUACGAGGACAUGGUGGUGGAUGAGUGUGGCUGCCGCUGACCACCCGGGACACCCUUUCAGGGACGGCCCAUGCAGAAGCAGGGACCGUUUGUUCAUGUUUUAUUGGUGACAAAAAGCUUAAAACAAAUUUGACUAAAAAUUAAGUUCCAUUGCGUUGGCGCAGGUGUGCCUGGGUAGGGGUUGGGUGGUUGCCGCGGGAGGUGGGGGUCCGGGGCAGGGCGCCCAGCAAUGAAGGCCUCCACCCAUGAUGGGGAAGAACCUGCAGGCCAUGCUCACGAGUUCUCCUGUGGCCUCUGAAGCUCAAACUCAAAACAAAUCCUCCUGCUGCGGUGCAGGCGGUGAUCCCAGGCUGCGGGGCUCGGCCUUCUCAGCACUGCCACUCCGGAAGCGUCUUGCAUCUCCCAGGUCCAACAGUCAGGUCUUAGAGACAAACUGAUCCAAGUACUUCCCAUUCUCCUUUUAAAGAAUCUUUGAGGGGAUGGGGGGG